UUCGUCAAUUGGCGCAUUUGGUAGCAAGGUCCUCCUCCCUCUUCGACCGUACAGCCUGUACCCUCCUCGAGCCAUGCUCGUUCGUCUGUCUCGCCACCGGCCUUGCUUAGUGUUGUUUACACGCGUCGACUGUUCGCCACACCGGCCCCGUUUCUCCUGCUCGAGCUCCGACUGAGCGCGACUGACCGCGGCUACCUCUCGUCAGUUAUCCAGAUUUCGGCGAGGAGAACCGUCAUUUUGCCCGCUCGAAAAACGGGAGGCGAAGCCAUCGACGACGAGACGAGACGAGACGAGACGAGACGAGACGAGACGAGACGAGGCGAGUCAAAACGCGGCAGAACGUCGUCGAUUUUAGGAAGAGAAGCGUGAGAGAGCCCCUCUUGAGCGAGAAACCGAGGGGAUGAACGAAUCGAGAUGGACGAAUCGUCGAAACGUCAUUCACAGGACACGUCGGAAUGCCGCUGUCGCGAUCGUUCGUUUGGUUUCACUGGGUUUCGUCGUUGUUCUUCAAUUGCCCGAUUGGGCGACGUCUACAAGGCAGGGACAACUUGGGACACCUAUGCACAAGGUGGAAUUUACACAGAAGGGAUACAUUCAGUUUCUGCGGUGGGAGCUGCCGGUACCGGAAUUCACCGAGUUCACCUUCUGUUUGUGGAUGAAAUCGAACGACCUGACUCACUCCCAUCCGAUAUUCUCCUACUCGAGGAAUGAACGAGAACGGUUGGUCCGAUCGUGGAUCGCUCCGCGCGGCGGAAGCGUUCACCUUGAGAUCGGUGGGAAGCAGGUGCUCGCGGUGGCCAGCGACAUUCGCGAGAAUCGGUGGUACCACAUUUGUCUAAGCUGGGAGAGUGAGGCUGGCCGUUACGGACUCUGGGUCGACGGUCGACUAUGGGCUCGAGGUCGCUCCGUAGAGACGAUAGGACACACGAUACCGAGCGGAGGCGACAUGGUGCUGGGCCAGGAGUACACGGACUUUGACAAAGGGCUGGACGACGGUAUCGAGGGCUCGGUUGUGGGCUUCAACCUCCUUCUGGCCUCCGCUUUCGACGCGAGCAAUCAUCACCUCGAAGCCACCUACGAUACGAGCCACGCCGCGGUUUCGCAUUUUCUUGAGAGAAUUCCAACGAAACUGACGCAUGGAGCCGACGAUCGCGCAACGAUUCAGCUCGAUUCUGCGUUCUCGCCGAUCUCCAACGAACGUCGAGGACGUCGCUACACCGAGAACGCCGUGUCUUAUCCCGCGUUGAUCUUCGUCUCUCCUCGCACAGAGGAGGCGAUGGUUGACGAUCGUGACGCCGUAAACGCGAUGAAACUCGCCGAGUGGGAAGAAGAGCCUCCGGGGCUCCGAUUAAUCAAAUUGUCGUACGUACGUUGCGAGAUUGGAAGAGGAAGUCCCUUCAUUGCCGGCGGAUCGAUGCUCAUCUCCUGGACGAGAACUCCGGUCCGUGUUUUCGGCGGCGCCAUAUUGAAGAACGUCGAGGGCACGUGCGGCCAUUUCUAGGAUCUGGUACCUAGACUGACCAUAGUCAGUAGCCGCGGUGCGCACGAGCAUUGGUUCGCAUUUUGUUCAGUUUCCGGGAGGUUUUUAGAGACAUUGUAAAGAGCAGAGAAAGACUUUGGAUCGAAACUGGCUCGGAACGGGAUCGGCACAGUUUUCGAACGCGGAGAGAAAGCGUUUAAUUGCAGAGUGAAAAUCCGAGUGGAGGUCAAUUUAAGGUUCGUUGUCUCAACGACGUACGAUUUACAUGCGUAAUUAUAUGUUAUUGAGAGUGUGUUAAUGACGAUUGCAGAGCGACUCGAGAUAGCGGCGCAAGUAUUUAUUUUUAAAUCAGAUCGUGUAGCAUAAUUUUACGUUGUGCAUUCACGGACGAAGCUGAUUAUGCGAGCCAAAGCGUGUCUAUAUUCUAGAAAUUCUAGAAUCGUCCACUGGAUCAUUUUUUUUUUUUCGUUAAUCAAAUUAUACAACUUGUUACUGUAUAAAUACGAAUAAAUUAUGGAACUAUUACAUAGAAUUGAAACAGUCGGCACAGUUGGACUGAUUGUCGUUACUGAAUGAGAUACGCUAUGGUUGUCGAAAUGUUCUUUGUUAUAUUUUCUAAAUUAUGCAUUAAUGAAAUUCUUCUAGUUUUGUAAAGAUUCUACUGAGAGAUGGAUAGUUUUAAUUGAAACAAUCUUAAGAUUUUCAGCAACGUGACUGAGAAACUUUCAAAGGUCCCUGACAGAAUUGAAAAAUUACCAAUUGGCCGUUUUGACUAUUCUGGCGAUUGGAUACAGAAGCAAAAGAAAUUAUUAACAAAUCUGUCUAAAGAAGCUAGAACGAGUUUGUUCCCUCUUCGUUUAGAGUAAAGUACGUUUUUGCUUUUACAAAUCAUCCUACGAUCAUUUAGAAUCGUGACUCGUCAUCAUUGUGAAAAUCAAACGUCGCGGUUUGGUCGUGACACUGGAAUUGGUGUCACGACUAGGAUCGCGCGGAUUUUAUCGAGGCUUCAAGCUGUGGAGAAUUGCAAAUAAAACGAGUCGAUAUUUAGUUGACGAGAGAGGAGAUUUUCCAGUUGCACCUCUCAUCCUCUGUGACACAAUGAAGUACGGACGGCGGUGUUUAGGUACUGAGACAGGAAACUAUAUCGUUUCGGACCUCGCGAAAGAAACGCGAGAAUGCGGGUCGUUGCGACACCCGUAGAAAUCGGAUAGAAAACGGGCAGAGCUUUCCUUUUACGUGCAAACGUCCGCCAGGACAGAAGGGGAAAUCUCGUUACGAAUGCAAAAAUUACGUUGUCUCUGUAUCGAGAUCAUACUCUCUCGCUCUUGCAAACCUUUGGUCAGGUUUCAGUUUCACGUGGCGAAUCGAAUUUAGCUUUCGAUGAAUGAAUCGACCGAUCUCUUUCGUUUCUGGAUUUUGUGUGUGUCGCUCGUCUGCGUCAACGCGUUUCGCAAACGAAACGUACAAAAGCAACAAGAUGGUAUUUGUCAAGCGUAACAGUUUGAUGAGACGUUAAACGACGAUUUGAUUGACGCGAGUACAUUCAGUAGCGAGGAAACGCGACGUCAUUGUUCUUUAAAUCUGUUGCUCGUUUCUAGAUAAGAUCUAGGUUGCUACUACCGGAACGUAGUGCAACAGCUUGCUGCAAUCUCAGAAAGAAAAAAAAAAAAAAACAACCGAGAGCAGAACAAACGCCCGACGUUACAAAA